AUGAAAGCUCUUAACCUUGGAGCCUGCAGCUGAUAUGUGGGCUUACAGAAACACGUCAUGAUCCACCCGCUCAUGCUGCUGCUUGUACAGGGAUGUUAUACGUGACUGCUAGUAUGACAUGUACUGUAUGUGUGUACUGUACUUGUGUGAUUAUAAUAUUAUGAGGACACAAAAAGUUAAAAGUUAUGCAAGGUUGCAUAUUUAUUGCCCUUGUUCAUUCAUUCAAUUACAAUCAGUAGAUCAUGUAGCAGUAGUGCAGUGCAUUCAAUUGGUCAAGAUUGGUUAAGUUUCACAUAAAAACAUCCGUGAGCUCUUGUGUCAGUCAGGAUGGUUUAGGAUUAGGUUUCCAGGAAUUGCUAAUCUCUGGAAUUUUCACGCAUAACAUUGUCUAGCUUUUACACAGAAUGGUGUGGAAAAAAAACAUCAUUAGAGCAUUCAAGAAAGCAGUAACUUAAAAAGCAGAAGAGCAAUAAUCUGAGGAUAUAGUGGACAAGAGCUCAUCAACAAUAAACAGGCCAAAACUGUAAAAAUAAUAUAAAAUAGACUGGUGUGAGCCUAAACACUCUAUUCCUCUGUAUCUAAUAGCAGUUCUGCACAUGACUUGCUCGUUAAAUAAGAGACUCUCAGAUUAUGCCAUCAUGUGUAGAGUUUAUUGUACUGAAGCUGUUAAACGGUCACCUUUAUAUUUCAUUAGGACUGUGCCAAACAGAGUGAAUGCAUUCACCAUCUGCUGUCAGGUCUGCUGUUAUUUAUCACUUAGCACAUGGACGUCAGCAUGGAAAUUCGCAGGGACGCUCUCUCCGGGGACAAAUAGUAUAUUUGAAAGAUGCAAUAUCCAAAUCGAGGAAGAGCCAAGCUUUGAGCAUUGCCAAAAAGGAUAAACCCAUACUUGCUGCUCCGAUGUUCGUCUUUCAGAGGAUGACAUCUGCAAUGAAGAGGACAGUGGAGGAAGAUGGGAAUGGAUCGUGUGUCAACAAACGCAUCAGAUUGCUCACCUAUCCUUCUUCGAACAGUCGGAACAGAAAAGAACCCUGUGGCUUUAGCAAACGUGUACGUUCAAGUUCUCUAUCCUUCCCACCGCCUUUACAGGAUCCACAUACAGAAAUGAUGCUCCCCUAUAUCCCCAGAUCCAAUGUGUUUGUGUCCUCCACCUUGCACAAUCCGAACCAAGUAUCUUCCCCUGCACCAUCCCUAGGGGGCAAGAUAAAGAAUACACUGUUAAGACCGGCUUCGCUGGUGGCACCUCACAGCCAUGAUGUGUCUUGUAUUGAACAGGUCAGCCUUAAUGCAGAUGGAAAGUUCUCCAGGGUUACGAUUGAGCUCCAGUCCUCAGCCAGUGCCCUGGACCAGUGGAUGUUACCGCAAAUGAGCAGAAAUCUCUCACAGACUAAUUCUGCUGUCAGGGAAAAUGCCCAGUUUGUGUUUGGGGAGAAUAUGAGUGAGAGGGUACUGAGUCCACCUCGUAGUGAGGACAAGUCUGAAACAGACUGCAGCUCGACUGACUCGGAUUCCUCCUGCACAGAAGCCUCUAACACAAUGACAGAAAACAACACACUAUGGGAAUCUGCUGCUGCCCACACGGCCGCCUCCAGGAGACGUUGUCUGCUCAAACAAGUGCAGAUCUUCACAGGAGAGGAGAACGAGAGCAACGUCAUCCAGCUGACGUGCAAACUGUUCGUUUUGGAGAGGGGAACCCAGUCAUGGAGUGAGAGAGGGAGAGGGUUCUUACGACUGAACGACUUGCAGACUAAGUAUAAGGGGUGUUUGCAGUCAAGGAUGGUGAUGAGGCACCAGGGCAGUCUGAAACUGAUCCUGAACACUAAGUUGUACCCGCACACACACCUGCGGCGGCCAGCACGGAGGAACCUACAGGUGACAGCCACUGACCUGGAGACCCAUAGUGUACGUGUGUUCUUGGUCCAGGCCAGUGCCCGAGACAUUGCCCGCCUUUAUGUGGCUAUUCAUCACAGACUGGUGGCACUUCGCUGUAGUACUGCCAUGUACAGGGACCGCGAUGGACACUGCAGCAGCGAGGAGGACAACGACAACAAUGAGGAGAAGGCUAACAAGGAGGCGGUCUUAAUCGCACACACCAGAUCUGGGGAUUGUAAUUGGAGGAACAGUCAUUCCAGACUCCAUCCGUGAACGUCCCAUUCAGCCUUGAUUGCCAUAAUUCAGCAAGAUUGCCAUCAUGCUUCUAAUCUCAGACAUUUUAUGAAUAUCCGGAUCUUCUGAAUUUCAGCAGUACAGAGGUUUUUGUUGUGUAGCUGCAUGAAAUUACUGCACAGUAUUAAACUUGGCUUUUUACCAAGAUCAGUUCUCAGGUUGUAGACAGUGAUGCAAUAUAUGUUUUUUUUAACAAUCUUUUUAAAUAAAAGAAAAAAGAAAAGAACCAGGCACAAUCAUGUUCGUUUUGUUCCACCUUCAGAUCAUUUAGACCUGACCAGAACAAUUCUUCAGAACAUAAUUUCACUUUUAUUUUGGUUAAUUUUUACCACUAGAGCAGUAAAGUUCUUUUUGCCAGAAAUCUGCACCAUUAAGAUCAGGUUUCAGAAGAUCAUACAAGACCGAAUUUAAGCUCUUUGGUGACGGAUCAAGAUUAAACAAGGAUUUAUUGGCUGAUUGUAAAUUUACUCAGUUGCACCUUUACGUUCAUACUAAACCUUCACAAGUUUAGAAACUCUUUUGGAUAACUGCGAAACAAUAUCCAAUUAUAUUUCUAUGCAAACCUUAAAAGCAAAUCCAGAGAGAAUGUAAAAUGGGCCAAUUUUGGGACUACUACUUCUCUUAUUAUUUUUUUUAUUCUCUGAUUUCUUCCAUAGCACUUUGUCAGAAAGGGGAUAAAUGAGCGAUGCUUUCUGUUAUUGAAACAAUAACAAUAACUUGUCUGUGCCAGUUAUUUAUAAUGUGAUUGACGGAUCUCUGUGCUCUAUUAACAAAGGAUUUCUGUUUUCAUUCUACCUCAUGAACAGUAUUGUAAACCUGAUCUCAUCUUCUGCACUGAUGUUUUGGUCCUAUGAAGAGCCGGUCAUGUUAAGAAAAGCUUACUACCUGAAACCAGUGUUUGUAUUUUAUUCUCUAUUGCAACCCUGAAGGUUUAAAGGAGAAAUUCAAAUAGUGUCUACAGCCACAUUUCUGUCUGUGAAUUGCAUUUUUAUUGGAAAAUCUGCAAAAACUGAUGUUAUUUACUACCUAUUAUACUUAAACAUUAAGAAGAGCAUUUAAGAGUUGUAUAUUUUUAUAUGUAUUUAACUGAUUAAAUACCUAAUUGUAAGUACA